GGGCGUUCAUAUGAACAACACUGAGCGACGGCGUGCGGCAGAGUGGUUCCGAAACACAGACUUCUCUACCGGCGCACGUCGCUGUCAUUCCCCCCCCAUAUAGCUGCGCUUUUACUGGCUUCAGUCCGUAGCUGUUUACCGAGCUGGUGUCACCAGGCACUAAGUCGUCCGUUUAGCAGCGGGUGCGGAGUUAUUAACUCACGGUACCGAGCUAACGAGGCAUUAGCAAGUGAUGAGCAGGGGCCUGUUUCUUUUGGACGUCCAGCUGAGGUUACCGACAGGGCACGUUGUUGCUUAGAAACCCCAAGAGAUCCUUCAUUCAGCCCGCGGCUCUGUUGAAAGCCCUCCAUACUCUGCCGCUUGUUUUAAACCGACGCUUCAUGCGAGCUCUCCCACCUGGACAGACGAGCUAGCUAGCUAUCGCCCGGCGUGCCGUUUAAAUAGAAAGCAGGCAGCAAGAGCCGAACAGCGGUCACUUUAUACCUGCAGUCAGCGUGUGCGAUGGGUCUACUGUCACAGGGAUCUCCACUGAAUUGGGAAGAAACCCGAAAGUAUGCUGACCACAUUAGAAAACACGGUAUCAUCCAGUUUCUCAACAUCUACAACAAACUGAAGGAUCGUCAGAAAGAUGUGCUAAAGUGGGGCGAUGAGGUUGAAUACAUGUUGGUGGAGUUUGACGACAAGGAUGAGAAGGUUCACCUCGUCCUGAAUGGUGGAGAUGUUUUAGCAACUCUGCAGGACCAGGGAGAAAACAUAAACCCCAAUCACCCCACACUGUGGAGACCAGAGUAUGGUAGCUACAUGAUCGAGGGAACUCCAGGUCAGCCAUACGGCGGGACAAUGUCAGAGUUCAACACUGUUGAGGGCAACAUGAGGAAGAGGCGGCGCGAGGCGUCGUCUGUCCUGAACCCCAGAGAAACGCUCUGCACCGUCACCGCAUUUCCAAGGUUAGGCUGCCCGGGUUUCACCAAACCAGAGUACCGACCAACUCCUGUUGAAACAGGAGUGUCCAAGUCGCUGUUUUUCCCCGAUGAAGCCAUCAACAGACACCCAAGAUUCAGCACUCUAACCAGAAACAUACGUCACAGAAGGGAAGAAAAAGUUGUAAUAAAUGUGCCAAUUUUCAAAGACAAGUGCACUCCAUCUCCAUUUGUGGAAGAGUUUCCUGAGGAUGAUGGCGAAGCGGCGAGGGCGGCUCUGCCUGACCAUAUCUACAUGGAUGCCAUGGGCUUCGGCAUGGGCAACUGCUGUCUGCAGGUGACAUUCCAGGCUUGCAGCAUUGAUGAGGCAAGGUAUCUUUAUGACCAACUAGCAACAUUCUGCCCCAUUGUGAUGGCACUGAGUGCAGCCUCACCCUUCUACAGAGGCCAUGUGUCAGACAUCGACUGUCGCUGGGGAGUUAUUUCUGCUUCGGUGGACGACAGGACGCAGGAGGAGCGCGGGCUAAAGCCUUUAAAAAACAACAAAUACAGGAUCUUCAAGUCGAGGUAUGAUUCCAUUGACAGCUACCUGUCCUGCUGUGGGGAAAAGUACAAUGACAUUGAUUUGACGAUAGACGAGGAGAUCUACAAGCAGCUGCUGAGUGCAGGCAUCGACAAGCUCCUGGCCCAGCACAUAGCGCAUCUUUUUAUACGAGACCCACUCUCUGUCUUUGAGGAGAAAAUACACUUGGAUGACGAGAACGAGUCCGAUCACUUUGAGAACCUCCAAUCAACCAACUGGCAGACGAUGAGGUUCAAACCUCCCCCUCCAAACUCUGAUAUCGGCUGGAGAGUCGAGUUCCGCCCCAUGGAGGUGCAGCUCACUGACUUUGAAAACGCUGCAUAUGUGGUGUUUGUGGUCCUGCUGACCCGUGUGAUCCUGUCCUACAAACUGGACUUCAUAAUCCCGCUGUCAAAGGUGGAUGAAAACAUGAAGGUCGCACAGAAGAGAAACGCUGUCCAGGAAGGCAUGUUUUACUUCCGCAAGGACAUCUUUAAAGGCUGCAACCCGGUGCUCGAUGGCACCGCGUCUGCUCAAAACGGCUUGGAGUCUGAUGGUGCCAAUGAGGAGUACACACUGAUGAGCAUUGACACAAUCAUCAAUGGAAAGGAGGGAGUAUUUCAAGGGCUUAUCCCAAUACUUAACUGCUACCUGGAAAACAUGGAGGUGGAUGUGGACACCAGGUGCACCAUCUUGAAUUAUCUGAAGCUCAUAAAGAAACGUGCCUCAGGUGAACUGAUGACCAUGGCCAAGUGGAUGAGGGAAUUUGUCGCGAAGCACCCCGACUACAAGCAGGACAGCAUCAUAACCGACAAGAUCAACUACGACCUGCUCAGAAAGUGCGACAGGAUUGCUAAAGGAGAGGAGCAGUGCCCUGAGCUCAUUGGCAACCCAGUUAACAGAUCCCAGUAAACGAGAGAGGAGGGCAAAAAAUAUUGUAGAUGAUACAAACAUGCAUGUAAAGAAAGACCAAAGGAGUGGCUCGGAACAGAAGAGGUCCAAUCAUAUGAGAAUGCAAACCGGCAUGUGUGUAAUGUAAAGAAAUGCACCUGCUUCAGACAUAUGUGUGUGUAUAUACUGUAUGAGAUUUUUAUGAUUACAAUGUUAUUUUAAUAGAUGAGCAAUAAGACAUGCAAAGGGUAAUAGAAAUCAGAUGUGUAUUUAUUUUUAUCUGGAAAUUAAGCCUAUCUGUGAGAAUGUAAAUGUAGCAAAGAGUUGUACAGUAGUCUGCUUUUAAUCUCCUGUAAAUACUGUACUUCAGCUCUUUAAAACAUUAACACAACUUUUUCUUUUUGCCUUUUUAAAAUACAUUUAUAUGACAUGUUUGCUUUGCGCUGCUGACCCAAUGCGUUCUCAUCCCGGGGAGGUCAUAAAUUAGAUACCGUUGACUGCCAGUCAUAGUAACGCACAAUGUAUUGUUUGGUGGUGGUACUCAAUGUGAGAGGACCGUGAGAUCUACAACAUCUGGGGCAGGUUUGUCAGCCUGGAGAUCAUGAAGUUCACUUUCUUCCCCCCCACUCAGAUUACUUUGUUUUCACUUGUUUCUGUUUUUGUUUUGUUUACUAUCACUUGUUGGUUGGGGGAUGUGUUUGAGUGAGAACCAAUCAGUACUCUGUCGCAUAUAGGCACUAAAGUGAAACUACUUGAUCAUAUGCGGGCAUUAAAAACUGUUUUUGUGUUGGGAGGACGUGAAUCCCUUUGCAGUGGUAAUCCUGCAAUGUGGAGGCAAAUUUAAAAAAAAGAUGGACUGGAUGUGACUGACCUGUCUCAUGUGACACACCGCCAACUUUGACAAAAACCUCAUUAUCAGAUUCCCCCCGUGGAAUGAGAAUGAACUGGCUGACGUUGUAGUGGGACCUUUAAAUUUGGUGUUGCAUUCAAGUGGUAAACAAUUGUUUGCAAUCUGAUGCUGUUUUAAAAUAAAUCUGUGCAACAGUAA